UUUAUGCCUCAGUGGUGCACUGCUGCUGGAGCCAUCAGGCCGAGAGAGCGGCACGUUUCUCCCGCAAAACUUCAGCCUUUCCCGCAAAAACUACAGGUCUUCAAACCAGCACCUCAGCUCAACCCUGCUCGCCUCUUAAACUCCAAAAAGCUGAUGAACAAGUCCCAGCUUAUUUUCUUUAUUCCAAACUAAAUAACUUCUCCAAUUUUUACUUGUUAAAAGCAGAAGACACAAUCGUCAGGGUUCAUGCCGGAUUUUGAGCACUUCCGAUUUUCCUACUCAAACAUGAAUCAUUUGGGGGAGAACAACUUCUUCACCCCCCCACCUCCAUUGCACCACCAUGCCCUACCAGGACAACCCGACUCCUCUAGCCCAGAUCCAAGCUCCUUUCUGGGGGACAACUCUAGCUUUGCCCCUGAAUACUUAUCUGGCAUAGAUCUGAAUUCGCUUCCCCCAUCUGGUUUGGCCUAUCUGCAUUUUAACAGCCCUUUGCAUAGAGCGCCCCCCGCGGCUACUGCGCUACGAAAUGAUUUAGGUUCGAACAUUAGCGUUCUCAAAACUUUAAAUUUGCGCUUCAGAUGCUUCUUGGCCAAAGUUCAUGAGUUGGAACGUCGAAAUAAGUUGUUGGAGAAGCAGUUGCAACAAGCUUUAGACAAUAACAAAAUUGAAAACAUGCAGAAGUUGCUUAGUAAAGACAUGGGCGUUCAAACCGGUUUUAUUAGCCCCAUCCCAACGCGACCAGGGUAUAUUCCACUACAAAACGCCAAUAACCCCGCCUACUUACCUGGGGGUAUCCUGUCUCCAACUUUGAACCCUCCUCCUUUGCUAGAAUCAAACCGAUACUUAUCUACAGACAGCAAUUUGAAUCUUACAAGCCCAUUGCAAAGCCCUGGUAGCAACAUGAAUGAAAAAUGUCCCUUACCCCCUCCUCCGCGGUUUUUGCCAGGGACUAUGUGGUCUUUUAACCAUAGCAGGAGGUUCAGCAGGGAUUCGACUGGGGUUUCAGGGUCUGGACUUGGGUCUGGUCUUGGGUCCAGUCUUGGGUCCGGUCUGCCGUGGGCCUGUCCCGAUGGAGUGGGGGUGCAGAUUGACACUAUCACGCCAGAGAUCAGGGCGCUGUACAAUGUUCUCGCCAAAGUGAAGAGAGAGAGGGACGAGUACAAGAAGAGAUGGGAGGAGGAGUACACGGCCAGAAUGGACCUGCAGGACAAAGUGGCAGAACUUGAUGAUGAGCUGCAAGAGAGUGAGGUGGUCCAGGACAAACUGUCUCUCACAGUGAAACAUCUGAAGGCCGAGCUUGUCCUGUUUAAAGGACUGGUCAGUAAUAAUCUGUCAGACUUGGACACUAAGAUCCAGGAGAAGGCCAUGAAGGUGGACAUGGACAUCUGCAGACGGAUCGACAUCACAGCUAAACUGUGCGACGUUGCUCAGCAGAGAAACAGUGAAGACAUGAGCUCCAUGUUUCAGGUAUCCACACCUCCCUCCACUCUAACGCGUCGAACCAGAAAGUUGAGCGGCCAAUCUGUGAAGACAGCCAGCGAUGGGGAUGAGGUCAGCAGCCUAUCAGAGAGCGAGGGAGGCGGGGCUAAAGACGAGGAGUCCAGCACCUCAGCUAAUCAGAUCAACGAGCAGGUGCAGAGGAUGCUCAACCACCUGAGGGAGUGUGAUUUUGAGGACGACUGUGACAGUUUGGCCUGGGAGGAGACUGAAGAGACUCUGCUGCUGUGGGAGGACUUUCCAGGAUACGGACUGGUCGAGACUCAGGCCGAGCAGCAGCAGCCAGAGGAGUCUAUCGAGAAAGUGAUCAACGACACCGAGUCUCUGUUUAAAUCCAGAGAGAAAGAAUAUCAGGAGACCAUAGACCAGAUCGAGUUGGAGUUGGCUACAGCGAAGAGCGACAUGACAAGGCACCUUCACGAGUACAUGGAGAUGUGCUCCAUGAAGAGAGGCCUGGAUGUGCAGAUGGAGACCUGCAGGAGGCUCAUCACUCAGAGUGGGAACAGGAAGUCCCCGUCCCUGGUCCUGAUGGCUGCAGCUGAAGACUCCGACUCAGACGACAGAGAGAAAAAGAAACCUCCUGAUGAGGACUCAAACAGUGACUGUACCAGUGAAGGCAACAGUGGAGCGCCCCCUCCAGCCUGGAGGAAACCCUAGCACUGCCCAAUGAGUAUCUUUAAGAUUCACCAUUUAUUACUAUGUCCAAAAGCUCCAACAAAGCACUUAAAUUUAUUUGUGUAACUAGACACAUUUUAAACUUACUCUAGAAGGACAGGACAGAGUUUAUCCUCUGCUUUAAUGGUGCUACAGCAGACAGUUUACUAAAGGGGUGGGGAAAAUUGACAACUGAAAUAUCAUAAUAUCACAAUUCUCCCAACAAUCAGAUCAUAGUUUUAAGAAAAUGUGCUAAAACAUGCCUGUAAAUGUGUUGGUUAAGGUACAAGUAAAAAGCAGUUCUACAUAGAUCUGUAGAUUUAUCUAUAGUUCAUACUGUUGUGUCCUUUGGCAAGACACUUCCCCCACCUUGCUUAUGUUAAAAUGUAUUGUUUGUGUUGUGGCUGGAAGGGGCAAUUGCACAGACUGACAGCCGCGCUUUUACCAGUCUGCCCCAGGCCAAAUAACACCCAUGUCCUCCUUUGUAUAAGCAAUGGAAAUGUGUCUGAUAUGAAAUCUAGUUAUAUUUUCAACAUAUUAAUUUUGCAACAUAAGUAUUUAAGAUAUUUUUGUGUACAGAUACUUUCAAAUAUAGAAAUGACUAGAGUAAGGUUUUAAGGGCAUUUUCAAGACCUACUGUAGAACUAUGA